UCUGUCAAUUACGUAAAAUUGGCACCUUCUCUUAUAGAAUUUUCAGACUUUUUAGAAGUAAGCGUAAUUACGUAUAAAUACUCGAGCCGUAGUUCAUUAAUGCGUCAUUAUUAAAAGAUGCAGGCAAUCAAAGCUUUAGGAGCUACAGCUCCUUCUACGCUGUUGUCUGUAGUGAAAAAAGGAGCCUUCGCACCAGCUGUCGAUCAGAUACGUCAAACCCAUUUGCCUGCUCCCAAACCCAAUGAAAAACGGCCGUACUCACCGUUCCAAGAUGCUGGUAACAUGGCUGAGAUGGCAGUGGCCAGGCUUGAUGACUUACUGAAUUGGGGUAGGAAGGGUUCGAUAUGGCCCAUGACCUUCGGAUUGGCCUGUUGUGCUGUAGAGAUGAUGCACAUCGCUGCUCCUCGCUAUGACAUGGACAGAUAUGGUGUUGUCUUCCGUGCAUCACCCCGUCAAGCUGAUGUGAUGAUUGUAGCCGGUACAUUGACUAACAAAAUGGCGCCAGCUCUGAGAAAAGUGUAUGACCAAAUGCCUGACCCUCGAUGGGUUAUUUCUAUGGGGAGCUGCGCUAAUGGUGGUGGCUAUUACCACUACUCUUACUCUGUAGUAAGAGGCUGUGAUCGUAUUGUACCUGUAGAUAUUUAUGUUCCUGGAUGUCCACCAACAGCUGAAGCUCUACUCUAUGGAGUUCUUCAAUUACAGAAGAAAGUAAAACGAAUGAAGACAAUCCAAAUCUGGUACAGGAAAUAGACAAUCAAUUAUAAAUGAUUUUAUAUUUAUGUAAAGUAAUCCCUCAGUUGCAGUAAAUAAAUGCUGUAGUGCAAGCAUU